CAUGCCGACUGAUAUUGGAGAAUAUGUGGGCACAGACAUUGAAAUCUCCUGGUUGCCUAAUCUGGAUGAUUUAAUGAAAGGCUAUGCUCGAAACUUUCGCCCAGGGAUCGGAGGACCGCCUGUAAAUGUUGCCAUGGCUAUUGAAGUAGCUAGCAUUGAUCAUAUCUCAGAGGCCAACAUGGAGUACACCAUGACAAUAUUUCUGCGUCAGAGCUGGAGAGACGAUCGUCUUUCCUACAACCACACAAACAAGACUCUGGGUCUGGACAGCCGCUUUGUAGAUAAACUCUGGUUACCAGACACAUUCAUCGUAAAUGCCAAAUUCGCCUGGUUUCAUGAUGUUACAGUGGAGAACAAACUCAUACGGCUGCAGCCUGAUGGAGUAAUUUUGUACAGCAGCCGAAUUACAUCUACGGUGGCCUGUGACAUGGACCUUACUAAGUAUCCAAUGGAUGAACAGGAAUGCAUGCUGGACCUGGAGAGUUACGGCUACUCUUCAGAGGACAUCGUAUAUCACUGGUCAGACAGUCAGAUACACAUCCACGGCCUGGACAAACUGGAGCUGUCUCAGUUCACCAUCACAGAUUACCACUUCGUCACAGAGUUGAUGAACUUUAAAUCCGCAGGGCGAUUUCCACGUCUUAGCUUACGUUUCCAGCUGAGGCGUAACCGAGGAGUUUACAUCAUCCAGUCCUACAUGCCCUCCAUCCUAUUGGUUGCCAUGUCAUGGGUCUCUUUCUGGAUCAGCCAAUCAGCUGUGCCGGCAAGAGUGUCUUUAGGUAUCACCACGGUGCUCACCAUGACAACGCUGAUGGUCAGCGCUCGUUCAUCGUUGCCACGUGCCUCUGCUAUCAAAGCUCUGGAUGUGUACUUCUGGAUCUGCUAUGUGUUUGUGUUUGCUGCCUUGAUCGAGUAUGCUUUUGCUCACUAUAAUGCAGACUACAGCAAGAAGGAGAAAGCCAAAGUCAAGACAAAAAAGCGUUCAGAGUCUAUGGCGAAGAAUGGAAAGCAGGCUAUGGUUCUGUUCUCUCUGUCUGUGGCUGGCAUGAACCAGGGCCUCCUGAUCUCAAACAGGCAGAAUCGAUCCCAGCGCUCCACCGAGACUCCUGCAGAAGCGGCAGAGGAGAGUGAGUUGCGUCCCCCUCAGUCUCGUCGAGCUCAGAAGGAAGACAGCGAGGAGAAGAAAUGCUGCAAGUGUAAACCCAUUGACGCGGACACCAUCGAUAUCUAUGCUCGCGCUGUCUUCCCCUUCACCUUCGCCGUGGUUAACGUUAUUUACUGGGUGGCGUACACAAUGUGAAUGAGCUCUGCAUGUACAGUACUGUAUGUCCAUCAAUAAACUGAUGUGCCACCACAUGAGAUUACGAUGAUACAGGAAUAUCUACAUUAUUAAACUAGAAUGUGAUCUCAUGAGAAUUCAUUUGUUUUUGUACGUGAAGUUUGGUUCUAGAACAUUGCGUAGACACUGAAACAAACUGUAAUGUAACGUAAGCCCUUUAACUUGUUUACAACUUUAUAGACUUACAAAUAUUAACAAAUAAUUUGAGGUUUAUUGAAUAUUGAGCUAAUUGGUGGAUUUAAUUUUCUGUCAGAAUUGUCAAUUUAACACAUUCAUUAUAUAUUUAUAUAUAUUAUAGAAUGACAAAUUCAGUUACAAAAUGGAUUGUUCAAUGAAAAGGGAAAUCAAUUAUAAAACAAUAUAUUGAAUUCUAAAGCCACUUUUUGUAUUUUCUAAUCAAUGCUUUACUCAUCUGCCACAAUAAUAAAAUGUAUUUUAAUUUUCAGAAUGAUUCUGGUUAUUAUAUAUAUUAUGUUUAUAUUUGUUUAUCCCUUGUGUGUCAAUUUAAAAAAAGUUGACACACAAGAUGUCUGCUUAAAAAAAAAAAACUGCCAUAAUAAUAUUAUACAUUAAUAUUCUAUGCUUUACAUGCUAUUAAUAUUGUACAUUUCAGUGUCUAUCCAAAUAUACAAAAAUGCAUGUGUAGACUUCACGUGCAAAUACAUGUGAAUUAGAUCACCCUGCAUUUAUUUGUAUAAUUAAAUGCUUCUCCAAAUAUAUGGACUGAUGUAGACUUUAGAAUACAUUGAAUGCAUUAUAUUAUAUUAUGUGAAAUUAUAUUUGUUUUGGGGAGUUUUGCAUUUCAAGGAGACUGACACAUAGUACCUCUGCAUUUUUGCAACGACUUUUUGUUGCUUUAAAAUGAUUCUUCUACACUAAUGCUCUUAGUUGCCAUUUAGGCCAAAAGAAAAUACUCUUCACUAGUACACGAGUGCAGACGCUAUGCAGGCAGGCUGUUCUGAACAUCCAUUAAAGUGUUAUUGUGGUGAUAAUAAACCUCAGUACUCAAGAGGGCAAUGUCAGUGUCUGUUCAAAUGCCAUUAAUCCGAAUAUUUAUUACCGAGUUACUGAAUUAAUACUGGCGUGCCAAGAGUUUUUUCGGGACUCAAUUUCUUUAUCCUAUUAUCAUUUUCAUAAUAUCUGCACCAGAAUGGACUUUCUCUUGGUUCUGGUAUGAAUGAUCUUAAACUCGGCAUGAAAUGGAAAUUCACCCUAUCUAUUUCCUAAAUGCAAGUUAUUGAUCUUAUUGUGAACGAUUCAUCCAUGUAUAUGUUUUAUUUGUAUUUGUAUUUUUUUUUUUAACCUCGUAAUCUUUAAUCAAAAUGUAAUAACUUGAUCUUCCGGUGAAAUGACAGACAUCUCUCUGGUGUCCGGUAUGCAGGACAUCUCCAAUCAUUUAGUCUGCUUAAACUCCGCCCCUUUCUAAUAAAUACCACAACCUUGCGUAGAGUUGAACGAAGCAACAAUUUCAUGUUGGUGAAGAUGGCGUGGUGUAUUUUCAUCCGUUUUCCUUCAAAACUACCGUUCCUUAACCCAAAUUUCCUUGGUUACGGUCUGCUGGCUUGAAUUACAUUUUGAAUAAAGAGGAAUAAUGGUGAAUUUGCGGUUGUGUUCAAGACUUUUCACUGAAUUGCUGAGCUGAUAACUAAUGAAUACAAUACUUUGGAUGCCUCUGGAGAUAAUUUAUAUUUUUGAAUACAGUUAUCUUGGGAUGCACAUCACGAGUAAGUGUUUUUUUCCUUUAUAUUUAGUGUAUUGUGAUUAAAAUAGGGUUAUCUUUUACUAACUCGUUUUUCAACUGCUACAGACUCUUCGUAAGCAAUGACCGCGAUGUGCUCUUGCAUUAUGUUGUCAGUUUGAUCAUAAAUGUGUUGAGAUCGCUGCUUAAUUUCACAGAUAACUAGCUCCAGAGCCAUAUAGAGAGAGAGAGUUGCGACAACGGAAGUUCUAAAUGCUUGAUCGUCACGUGAUUCACGUAGACUUCAGAUAGUUCCAGGAAGUGCUUUGGCGGGCAUUUCAAACUGUUAGAGUAGAGUGACAGAACUGCGAUUUCUGGUAAUUAGUAGUCAAUAAAUGCAUUUAUUUUAUAUAUUUAUGUAACACACCGACAUAUGUAUGUAGCAUGAGUAUGUUGUUACAGCGAUGUUGUUUUUUAAAGAUCAAAUCAGCUAAUAUUUGAGGAUUAGUGUUCGCUUACCGUUAUUUGCCUCAACUUAUUUCAGGCUAGGGUUUCUGUUGCCUUUUUAUGUUACCUCAUGUUCAUUGUUUUCACUAAUCUCAUAUUUAUGACUUUUCAGAUAGUACAGAGACAGGCUGGUGACAGGUGAUUUCCAGCUAGCACCGCACAAUGGGUCAAUGAACUAUUAACUAUUAGCAGCAGUUACGUUAAUGUAAAAUUUAGUGAAAUGAAGCUUAUUGUUUACAAUUCUUACAAUUCUAUAUAUAGUAAUAUAAUUAUUUGUGUAUUAUAAAUAUUAUAUAUCUAAUGUAUAAUUCUUACAAUACUUAUUCAUAUACACAAUAUAUUCAGCUUUAAAACAACUUAAGCAUACUCGUAUAUAAACUGCCGUUCAAAAGUAAUGAGGAUGAAAAUUCAGCUUGGCAUCACAGGAGUAAAUUACAUUUUAAAAUACAUUAAAAUAGAAAACAGUUAUUUUAAAUUGUAAUAAUAUAUUACGAUAUUACUUUUUUUUAAACGAUGGAUGAAACUGAAUCAAGAGAACAGAUGUUACAAUUAAUAGGGUGUUCGUUACUAACUUUAUCCAGCUCCAAUCCUUGCCUAAUCUGUUAGUUAUCCGAUAACAUCCCUUAUCUCCUAAUUUAAUGAGUAAUACUCAACUAUAAGGUUUGAAUUUACAAGUUAUUUUUAUUUAGAUGUACUGAUAAUAUACAGAAUAAGAUAAUAUUAUUCUUUAAACGUCUCACCUUUUAA